AUGACAGUCAGAUUGGAUACCGUCGCAGGGCCUGCUGUCACUUCACCUCCCCCGUUGGUCCUCUGUGCAGAUGGUGGAGGAUCCAAAGUCUGUGUGGUGAUCCGGUCGGCGGAUGGUGUCGAAGUUCGUGGCGUUGCCGGACCUUGCAACACACAAAGCGUGGGAUUCAUCCCAGCAUCUCAAGCAAUUCUCUUAGCGACUUACCGGGCUCUUGCUCGCUUGCCACCAACGCAUGUCCCUGCCAACCUCGCGAUCCCUCCUGCGUUGUUAGCCAACGCCAGUCCAGUCAAUGGACAUGCCUCCAAUGGAACGCAUGGAAAACCAGUUCCUCAUCUCCCUACCGUGUCUGUCCCAGCGACUCCACGAGCGUCUCGUCCACCUUCUCCUACUGCUUCGCGACCCUCUACACCAUUACCGCCUCUCAAUGUUCCUGUCUUCAGAUACGCUUGGCUCGCCCUCGCCGGUAUCUCAACAGCGUUUGACUCUGAAGCAUUCGUCCCUCACGUGUCAAACGUAUUGAACUUGGCUCCUGCUCAGAUCAAAGUGACCAAUGAUGUCAACCUUUUGGCUGCUCCGGCCCUUGAUAUGCCCAACAUCAAGCAUGUCGUCUGCGUCGUCUGUGGGACGGGCACAGUGGGAAGAACUAUACGUGUAGCGAGGGCAGUCACCUCGGGCCCGCGUCAAUUGCCUCUCGAGGAUGUCGCCGUGUCUCGCGGUUGGGGAUACAUGCUCUGUGACGAGGGCUCAGCAUUCUGGCUCGGCCGGCUGUGCAUCCGGCUCCUCAUGUUCCACGCCGAUCGUCAUUUAUCCACUGGAAUUUUCUCUGGACCUCCUCCGACCCUGUUGCCAUUGCACCGUGAUCUCUUGACGUACUUUGGCACUCAAGAUCCCAUGGAUCUCAUCGAGCUCGUCUCAUUGACAGGUCGAUGGGUCAGGGGCACUUCAGGGGACGUCGGAGAAAUCUCCGCUCAGCGGAAUGCCAAAGUGGCAGGCGCAGCUCGUGUCGUUUUGAGAUGGGCGUUCCCUGAGGAUUCGCAAGAGUCCCCUCCUAGUCCACCCAAUAGCUCGAGCUCGAAUGGUAUGGAGGGAGAUGAUCCAUUCACCCAGUCGACUCGUGAAGCGCUUCGAUUGGCAAAAAUGUCAAUCACACCAAUGAUCGACCUCACCACCGAAUUGCUGGGCGACGGAUCAAUUGUCCAACCUGGAGAGACUGCCCUGGCUCUGGGAGGAGGCCUCAUGAUGUCAAGAGGGUACAGGGGACUCCUUUUGGACGGUCUGAAGAAGCAGGGUAUCGAGUUCGGCCUCGUCCAGGUUAUUGACGACGCCGCAGGAGUUGGCGCGAUGGGAUUGUCCAAGGUAGAAUUUGGGGAUUAG